AUGGUAUUUUAUCACCGUUUAUCCAUCUUUUACCAAAAAAACCUUUUGAAAUUACCAUUAUUACCGAUUAAGUUCAAAUCAAGGAUCGUACCUUCGCAAAGAUUUUAUUCUGCAGAAUCUUCUGAUAAGACGCAUCGAAUUCCAAAUAUGAGUAUUAAAUCUGCAUUUCCUGAUACAUCCAAUCCAAUGGUUACGCUUGCUCGAGAAGGACCAUUAUUCAUUAUGACAAUGAAAACCGGAGAAAAUCGAUUUACAACAAAAUUUGUUGAAGCACUUUUUGGAGCUUUAGAUGAAAUUGAGAAAGUUCGUGAAGAAAAUGAUAGCGAACCUGCAGCACUCAUUACUACGGGAGAAGGAAAAUUUUUCAGUAAUGGAUUAGAUUUAGAACAUGCUAUUAGCGUACCAGGAUUUUUUGAUGAUUAUUAUUUGAAAUUAUUGACAAGGGUUUUGACAUUUCCUAUCCCUACCGUUGCUGCAAUAAAUGGACAUGCUUUUGCCGGAGGAUUUAUGUUUGCUCUUGCACAUGAUUAUCGUGUUAUGAGAAGUGAUAGAGGAUUUUUGUGUAUGAAUGAAGUUGAUAUUCCUUCUCCUCUUCAUCCUGGAAUGGCAGCGAUAGUUCGUAUUAAAAUGACACCAAAAACUUAUCGAGAUUGUAUUUUACAAGCUCAUAAAUUUACAUCAACAGAAGCAUUAGAACAAGGACUUGUAGAAAUCAUUGCAACAGAAAAUGAAGUAUUAGAAAAAGCAAAAGGUUUGGGAUUAAAAUGGUCUGGCAAAGCAAAAGCUGGUGCGAUUUAUGGAUCAUUGAAACAGGAAAUGUAUGUUGAAGGAAUUAAACAUAUGAAUUUGAAAAACUGGAGCUCAUCUGCACAUGAUGAUAUUGAAUCAAGUUCUGCAUUGGGUAUUCGUUACACAAUAUCGUUGUUGCAUAUGGGAGAAUUCGAAACAAAUAUGGGACACAGAAGGUGCUCUGGUUGUGAUUUAUUAAAGCUACAAAUCGAAUUAAAAGACACGAUUAUCAAAUCAAAAGAUGAAAAGAUAGCUUUAUUACAAGAAGCUUUAAUUAAGUCACAGAGAGAAUUAAUAUUGACUCUGAGAGAGGACCCUAAACAAUCCAUAAUGAGUGGUCGGUCACUUUCCGAACAAAAUAAUGAUGGUCGUGGUAAAAGUAAAUUGGAACUAGUUUAUAUAGAAAAUGAUUGUGAUCCUACUACCGAAUGGGUUCAUUCUAAUCAAGCAAAUACACUUGAAGAAUAUCGCAUUUAUAUUGGAUCCAUCAAAUCCGACAUAUCCAAAGUUAAUUUGAAACAAGCAUUAGAAGAGCAAUUUGGUCGAAUACUUCGUCUAGAUUUGGUGACCUCUAAGAACAUUGCUUUUGUCACUUUCGAAUCAUAUGAGAAUUACAAUGCUGCUGUAAAUCAAGGAAAUAUUUAUGUUGACGGAUGCUCUUGCACUAUUCAAGCUGCACUCUAUUAUACAAAAGAAAAAGUAGAAAAUUUUCAACUUCACUCUAAGGAUAUUAAUUUAGCCAAGACGCAUUUGCUCGCUUUAUCACAAAUAGAGAAACAUAAAGAAUACACGGGAUCAAGCGAAAUCACUUUAAAAGAUGAUGUUUUGUUGAAGGAAUAUCUCAAUUAUUGUGACAAGAACCUUGAUCUUCCAGUUCGCAUAUAUUUACAUUAUGGAAGAAAAAGGCAUACGAAGAACCUUGACCAUCAAAAUAUUAAUGGGCAGUUGAUAUCACCAGAUCUUGGAAUAUGA